CUAACCCGCGAAAUAUGGCGCGGGAUGGCGAAUAUAUUUGGAUGGCGUGUGACAGUUGUGUCUGUGCACAAUCUUGAACAAUUUUGAGAUUAUUGACGCCAGUCAACUGGUAAACAUUAACAAUAUUCUUUAUAUUAUCAGCAUGAGCGUCAGUCAGCAGACUCCCCAAGAUGGUACAGCUGUGGACAUGGUGGAGGUAGAGUCCACUUCAUCUGACCACAGCAUCCCAGCUGAGACGGUCAGUGAUAUUCUUGCCACAAGGAACUGGCUGGAUGGUCAGCUGGUUAACCAACUCAGUCAGAUUCAAGCAGAUAAAACAGAUGUGCCACUAACGAAAGAUGUUGAAGUAGCAAGAGAAAGGAUCAGUAAACUACAGGAGGAGUUUCUGUCGGAGUCCUCCAAACUGGCCUUACGGGAACUCACAUUGAAAAGGCUCCAGCUGGGCACUGCACUCUCCAAGGAAUUGUUUGGCCCCACUGAUUCUGACACAGAUGGCACAAAAGUAGAUGACACAGUGAAGAAGGAGCUGGAGGAUAUGGUGCUGCAACAGAGCAAACUUGUUUCCCAGAUAAUGAAGGAGGAGGCAGAACUCGAGACACUCCGCACAGAGGUCAAAACACUCCGCGAGAAAAACUUUGAGAUGAAGGUUCAAAACAGAAGGUCAAUGAACCAGAUCCGCCAACGACAAAACCUUCUUGAAGAAAAAGCUGAUGAUUUCCGCAAACACAAGGAGGGCCAGAGUAAAAAGGAACAGCUUGAGGGUGAGAUGACGAAGAUUGUGAUUCAGCGCCACACACUGCAAGGUCUUAUUCUGGGCAGUGGAAUCAACUGGGCAGCUGACCCAGCCAUGGAGGAGCUCUUGCUCAGUCUUGGUGAACCACUUGACUUGUGACAGGCUUCCUUCUCACAUGGGAGAUAUUCACUCAAUCAAAGGAAGCUGCAGUCUAUGGAGUCCACAUGUCCUCAGAUGGUAUACGGGAACUGUUGGUUGUCUCUGUUUCGAGCUGUAACCCUACUAUUGCUGUGUGAAACAGGCAUCCAGUGCAAGAAUGUUGCUUCACAGGUUCUCAUUCUAGCACAAAUGCAGCCAGAUGUUGCUGAUCAAGACUUUGAAUAUUAUUAUAAAUGAAAAUAAACGUGUUUUAAAAGGCAAUCAAGACUAAGUGAAAAAAUCCAAGGGAUUGACACUGGACACUUGAUACCAUGGCCUGUGAACAUAGUGUAAGGCUGCAUUUGACUUGGAGAGAACAUGAACAUGAUGAAGUGUACUGUACUGGCUGAAUGAACAAUAACUCUGGCCUGUGACAGAUAAUAGUGCUGCUUACAAAUGUAAAGGUGGAAUGACUGACUUGGCACACGUACGUAUCUUGAAUCAAAACAGCAGGGUUGAUAUGUCACAGAUAUUGACAAUUUCAGCUGUCAGGUGACUGGUUUGGAGACAUAACAAGCUGUUGUGAUUGAAGUUUGAUAUUUAUACACAAACAUUUUGCAGUGUCAUCUUGUCUUUUGCAGAAAUUACCAUGUUGGCUUUGUUAUCAUAGGACUGAGAAGUGUGUGGAGAAAUCACUCUCACAUUUCAUCGAAGAUGCCUGAAUUUGUUGACUUCCAGUGGAAUGCUCAACAAGCCUUCAGUAACAACCAAAUGUAGACCAUGCUUUGUGUGUAUGAUUUAAGGAUGUCUCUUCCAGUUGGUUUACAGGGGACAAAUACAUGUACAGAAUGUUUAAAAUUAUUACAGUACAUGCUUUAAUUUAUGUGUUGAAAGUCUGAUUUUCUUUAUAAAGUUGACUGCAAUAGCUA